UGUGCGGCCCGGCGGAGGGGCCCUGCCCGUGCCGGGGGGCUGAGGUACCUUCGACCCAGCCCGUGCCGUGGGAUCAGCGUGGGCAGACGGGAAACUGCGCCGUGGAGGGGAAAAGGAGGAAAAACCCGGCUGAACAAUCCAAACUCUCCCAGGCUGUCCUCGUGCAGGAGCUGCUCCAGCCCUCAGAUCAUCUCUGUGGCCUCCUCUGGACUCGCUCCAACAGCUCCAUGUCCUCCCUGUGCUGAGGACUCCAGAACUGGACACAGGGCUCCAGUUUUUUUUCAGGUUAUUUAUUAUGCAGGCAUGCUUUUUCCUUCACGAAGCUUCUGUCGCCUUGGCAUUAGGACAUACCAGCUACGAACAGAUUUGCCUUCCAGAUCCAUCAGACUCUCAGCCUCUGCAACAAUGGCCUUCAGACACAAAAACACGAGACGAAUUGAAGGCCUCGAUAGCAACGUGUGGGUAGAAUUUACGAAGGUGGCAGCAGAUCCCUCGAUUGUUAAUCUCGGCCAAGGCCUCCCUGAUAUAUCCCCUCCCAGCUACGUUAAGGAAGAGCUGGCGAAGGCGGCAGCAGUUGACAGGCUGAACCAGUACACACGAGGCUUUGGGCACCCGUCACUGGUGAAAGCCUUGUCCCAGGUAUACGAGAGAGUUUCUGGAAGGAAGAUCGAUCCUCUCACUGAUAUUGUGGUGACCGUGGGAGCUUAUGGAUCUCUCUUUAGUACAAUACAGGCACUAAUUGAUGAGGGAGACGAGGUAAUAAUAAUCGAGCCAUUUUAUGACUGUUAUGAACCGAUGGUAAGGAUGGCGGGUGCCAAGCCUGUUUUUAUCCCACUCAGAUGUAAAAAAAAUGGAAACACUGCAUCUAGUGCUGACUGGGUCUUGGAUCCUGCUGAACUUGCAAAGAAAUUUAAUUCCAAAACAAAAGCAAUUAUUCUGAACACCCCCCACAACCCUAUAGGCAAGGUGUUUACCAGAGAGGAGCUUCAGGUGGUAGCUGAUCUCUGUAUUAAACACGAUACCCUGUGCAUCAGCGACGAGGUGUACGAAUGGCUGGUGUAUAAAGGAAAUAAACACAUUAAAAUAGCUACGUUGCCAGGUAUGUGGGAAAGAACAAUAACAAUAGGAAGUGCUGGAAAAACAUAUAGUGUAACUGGCUGGAAGCUCGGCUGGUCCAUUGGCCCCCAGAACCUGAUUAAGCAUUUACAAGUUGUUCACCAAAACACGCUGUACACUUGCGCCACGCCACUGCAGGAGGCUUUGGCACAAGCACUUUGGACAGACUAUAAGCGCAUGGAUGACCCAGACUGCUAUUUUUACUCACUAUCUCGAGAGCUGGAAAGCAAGCGUGAUCGGAUGGCUCAGCUGCUUCAAGAAGCUGGACUAAAGCCUGUCGUUCCAGAUGGAGGAUACUUUAUGAUUGUUGAUGUUUCUGCAUUAAAUGUGGAUCUCUCUGGUGUAGAUGACAAACAGCCUUAUGACUAUAAAUUUGUCAAAUGGAUGAUAGCAUCUAAGAAGCUGUCAGCAAUUCCUCUUUCAGCGUUCUGCGGCCCUGAGACAAAAAAGCAGUUUGAAAAGUAUAUACGGUUUUGCUUCAUUAAGAAAGACAGCACGCUAGAUGCAGCUGAAGCGAUCCUGAAGAACUGGAAUAAACAGGCAGCCUGAUUUUUGUUAUUAAUUCUUCCAUCUGGUGUAAUUACCAAAUAGUAAGGGGUCUUAUUGCAAAUUUAAAACCAAAUUCCUUAAUACAGUACAGAAUUCAUAUGAUAUUGUAAAUAACUUUGUGCUGCUACCUGCUGAGGAGUUAAAACUGUUAUUUACAGAGAUGUGUGUGAUGCUAAUCGGAGGUUAUUUUCAGCCUUUUCAAAACCAUUCACUUUUUCUCUGAAAAAAUAAAUCUAUGGGAUUCACUUCUUUUACUGAAAGACAAAAAUGCAUAGGGCUCUGUAAAAUAAACAGGAAAUGUAGGCAUCUUAAAGUGGGAGGUAUUUUUGGUGUGAGAUGGUACAGGGAUGACAGAUGAGACUUAAACAUGAUGGUUUGUGAAAACCACCAGCAGCCUGCACCGGAGGAAAAUUAAGAUACAUCAGCUGCUGUGGCUAUUUAUUGUUUCCUUCAUUGGCUCCUUUGGGGUAUUUGACUGACAUCUGCUAUUGAGAAAAAAAUGGGGUUUGGAUGAAUCAACCCAGCCUUACAAGGGAUCUUUAGAUGUACAAGUAAGGACUAGUGGCUUCUUUUCAUUAAUGUGCUGUUUGUUGUGUUGGCAAAGGCGUCUGAAUAGCCUGUUGCAUUCUUGUUGAAAUGAUUAUGGUGAUUUUCACAACUGAAGAACUGCCAUUUAAUGACACUUUUUUUAUCACUGACAGUAGCAAAGCGUGAGACGCUCUGGGUGAAAUUUUAAAACUCUAGAACGACCAGUUAAGUUUUAAAAAAGGAUUAUUGCUGUAAUGAGAGU